AAAACCAAAUAUAUUUUUUUCCUUUUUCGUGAACUCUCGCGAUUAUAUCAUACUUAUUAGAUUAACGCGAGAUUCGAUUUGUCCCGAAGCAACGAAACUUUUAUAUUUUAAAUAAACUCCAUCUAUACGAAAUCCAAUUUAUCAAGGAAUCGCGAAAUUUUUCUCCACGCCACCAUUAAACGAACUCGUCUCACUACCGCUCAUCCCGCCAUCUCUCGUCCUAGACAACAAUCAAGCGAUCUAACGAAUAAGCCUCAACCGAUAUUCUUUUUUGCACGCUUGCCAACUUAUUCUCUUUUGUUUGGAUACCUUCGAGAGAAUUCCCACCGAUAUACCAUACAGAACGGUGUAUCUUGUAUAUUUGGAUAGAUUUUUCGAAACUCCGGGGAUCAUAACAGAUCAGUAGGAAACGGUAUAUGCGUGAAAUGAAUAUUCCGUUUCGAUUUGAACAGGCAUUGGACGGGUUCAGGAUCCGUGAUGGUUUGCGUAUUAUUGUGGAUGAAGAGACGGGAGUGAUAAUAGCGGAGGACGGUUUUCGGUAUCGUCGAAUUAAUUAGCCGUCGGUGUGUUGUUGAUGUUAAACUGACAGGGGCGCUUCGUGCGUGGCGUAGUCUUACGUGGGUGUACGGGUGGAUGCACAGCAGGGUGCAUCGAAUGCUUGGUGCAUUAAUCCGUGGCGGCAAGUAACAUGCUGUAUAAUCGGGCCAUUGUAAGUGUGAACGUGUGUAAAUGGACUGGUGGGUGUAGAUGCAACGCCAGAUGCAACGGGUAGAUGCAAUCAACCAGCCUACGCGGAAUUUCAUCGUGGCAUGCAUCGUCUUGCAUCGCCGCAACUACGCCGCGUUUGCGAGAAACGGUACGGUUUCGCGCCUAAAUCUCUCCUAUCUACGCCUUCCUUUAAAUCUCACUUGUCUAUUUUGUUGUUAAAUUAUUGGAAAUAUAAAUAUAAAUGGUUUAUUGGUGGACGAUGGAAAUUUCUUUCUAGCUGAAUUUGAUUGGUAUAUAAGGUAACACGUCUGAUUUAUUUUGUGUUAAAUCGUUGGAAGGAACAGUUAAAUAUGGCUGACUAUAAUUUAUAUAGCAUAUGGAUAUUUUUUACAAUUGACCUGCGAAAGUUAGAAUUAAUAGAUUUAAAUCCAUGUUUAUUUUAUUGUUAAAUUAUUGAAGAAUUUAUUAAUAUAUGAAUUUGAUUAAUACAUCGCACGAUCUACGUUUAUUUUAUUAGUAAUAGUUAAAUCAUUAAUGAUCAAGAGCAGUUAAAUAUGAUGAAAAGUUAGUAGAUCUACAUCUGUUUUGUUAUUAAAUCGUUGGAGCAUAGUUAAAUCGAUUAUAAAUCUUUUGUCGUAUGUUGGUAUAUGAAAACUUUUUAGCUGAAUGGAGAAUUAGAAUUUGGAUAGAGAUUAGUUUAGAUUGAGGCGAGUAUGCAAAAUUAGAAUUCGACUAGUCAUAUAGUUGGAUAUUAGUCUAUCGACCAAUGUCAACCAUUGACCGAAACCAUGCGGAUAGAUAAAGCUACAUAUUCACGGCACGGAAUACAUAUUAUGCAUGCAUAGUUACGAAAUGUCGAUAUGUGUCUUGCAUUUGGGAAUUGCGUCAAAAUCAAAGCAACUCGAUCGAAUAUUUCAUAGUAUGACUCUGCACUCUUUCGAUACAAAUUUCAAUCUCUUCUUCUUAUUUUUUCAUAUAAUAUUUAUUUACUUUAAUUAAUACUUAAUCGUGUAAAUCGACUGAUAAGAUAAUUUCAAAAGAUGUAGAAUUAAUUAAAAUGUCGAAAUUUAGAAAUAAUCCAUUAUUAUCCCCGUGCAUUAUUCCGAGCUUUAAACGAGUCUCGGGAUCGGCAAAACUCGGAUUAUUCAACAGAUUUCCUAAUUAAAAGUUUAUGACAAUUAUCAGCCUGAAUGAAAACGAAAACGAGCCAGUUAUUCCUGUGUGGCUCUUUUGAACUUGGCUCGGUUGUGAACUUGUUCCCAUAAAUUCGUUCGUGAAAUACGCACGCUAAUUAUCAUGCGUGAAACUUAGGAACGUAAAUUUACGUUACACGAAAUCCUGUUUCUUCCUAAUCUAAAUAAAACUUUCGUUGUAAAAUUUUCGUUUCGCGAUAAUAUAUGUUUAGUCCGAAAGAGAAAUUUAAUGUAGUCGUGUUUGGAAAAUGUCGUGAUCGAACGUUCGAUGAAUUUACGAGGAAAAAAAAAAAAAAAGAUGGACGAGAGGCGCCGUUGUUCUCUCUAUUUCAGUGUUCAGAAUUUGUAACGGGUAGGCGCAAUAACGAUUAGCGCUAUUUCGGUCGUCUCGAAGGCAAAACGCUUUCGCCUCGAUUCUAACAGAGGGCAAUGUGUGCACAGGCUUUUAAAGCAUCUUCUGUCUGAGGGUGUGAGCCUAGAUCGUGAACGGAUGUCGCUGCAGCAACGUCGUUACGACCAUCGCCGCCUAUUUUCGGUUUUUCCAGUCCCUUGCUUCAGCCUGAAUUCCCGAUAUUUUUAUCGAAGCCGUUCGCCAUGCUUAAAAUCGAUAUACCGAUAAUGCAUGGACACUUGGAAAUAUAUAUACAACCGAACGUCACCUUGCUUGCGAAUCGUUCGAAUGCAAGAGUAUCCGGAAUAAACUGUGCUCCAAGUUUUCCUCGGCCGGAAAGGAGGAGAAGAGGGGAUAUUUCGGCCGUCGUAGAAGAUAUUUUCCAUUCCGAAACGGAUCGUUUCCUUCCUUCCGUAUUUUACGAACGCUCCGCUCCUUCGAAAUCGAGUUGGAUUCCUAUCAGGCCCGAUACACGCGUUAUCCUCGAAUCUCUUCGAAAUAUCUUUCUCCUCUUCCUCCUUUUCUUCUCCAACGGCGUCGAAAUCGCGUCGACGAUUCUUGAAUUCCAGAAUUUCUUCACUUGACUUAUCGUCCGAGGAUACGAUUUCCUUCAAGAAAAGAAAAGAAAAGCACAACACUUGUUCCGUAGAAAAUUCUAAAGAAACACGCGAGAGAACAUUCCAUCGUGCGUGAGCGCACUUUCGAUCCGAUUUCGAUAUUCAAAUCUUCACGUAUCCAAUCCUUCCUCUUCCCUCCCCAAAAAAGAUCGUUCCUAGGGGAUAAACAAAUUGAAAGAUUCUCUCGAUGCGUCUGGAAUUCCAAGGAAAUUUCCUCGGAAGAGAAAAGUGUGUGCACGCGAGCGGAGAACGAAGCAAUUCUUCGAAAUGUCGAUCCUCUCGUCGAUGUGCUCUCCAUCUUCGGCCAAGCCUCUUCUCCUUCCACGAUAAUUUCAGAGAAUUUCAUUCGAAGAAAUCGCGUUUCGAUGAGCGGAGAAGGAAGGAGAAAGAGCGAAUAAUUGAUCGAGAGAACGAUGGAGAAAGGGACCUGUUGCGAGAGGAACAUCGAAGGAUGGCGCCUUCCAGGACUAUUAAAAAAGACCGGGAGGGAAGAAAGGAGAAGAAACUCACGGGACUCCCCGCGAGAGGCGCGUUCCGACCUUCUUUCCUUCUUUCCCGCGUGUGAAAAAUUGGAAUUUUCACCGGAUGGAGAUCACGCUUGGCAGGGUGGAAAAGAUUAAUUUCACGUUCGACUAUCAAUUACGCGGGGACAAACAAAGCGUUCGUCGUAAGUGAAUCGAGAGAUAAAGUUUGUUUGCGUGCAAUCGCUUUACGCUUUCCUCCGCCGGGGCAAGGUGAUUGGGAGGAGGGGGGGAAGGUGCCGCCGCUCGCUCGGUUUGGUUUCCCCGUCGCGACUGAUCGAGAAGAGGCGGGAGCCUGCUCGAGGAGGAAAGGAGAUCGUUAAAAAGAGGAAAGGAAGAAAGAAGAGAGGAAGGAAAAAAAUAUUCGGCUAUUGCUCUCUCUCUCUCUCUCGAUCAACUCCUCGAUCCGGCGUCGCACAGCCACUCGAUUUAUCCUCUCUCGCUCGAUCGUGUAGCGAACGCUCUCAAACGCUGUUCCACCCGACGGACGUUCCAUUAUCUCCUCGCGCGUUAAUCCCCCCAUCAAAUUACAUCGAACAACGUGGCAACAACGAGAAACACAAAGAAGAAAUCGAAGAAGAAGGAGGAGGAGGAGGAGGAGAUGGUCGAUAAAUCAUGCUUGGUCACUAUCGAUCGUGCUGUCGUGUGUGUGAUAAUAGGGAAAGAAGAAAAAUUGGGGGAAAGCGAGUCGAGCAACGCGAGGACAACGAUGACACGGCUUUGUUCGAGCGCACAACACUUCGUUCUCAUGCACGAGGGGCGUGUGUGAAAGAGGGAGGACCACUCGUUUGUAUCGAGAUACAGAUGCGUGUAUAUAUAUACAUAUAUAUAUAUGUAUAUGUAUAUGUACAUAUAUACACGUAUAGGUCGCGAAUUUUUUGGCGGUCACGAUUCGAAGUGGAGAGCGUGCUGUGAUGGUUUCUGGGUAAAUUCGUGGCUCACCUGGGAUAGAAUCAUGACGUGCGGCAGCUGGCGCGCCUCGCCGCGCACUGACUCUUCCGCACCCCGAGCACAGCCUCCUCUCACCCCUUCCACACCUUCGCCCCUCGCUCCCUCUCUCGCUCGCCAUCCCUCUCUCGCCUACCCCCUCUUUUCCACCCUUCUCUCAGUGCCGCGUUUGGCUCGAAAAAGCGGGCGAAACUCGUGCAAGCGAGUUUCGACGGCGACCCGCGGCCGCCGCCACCGCCACUGCCACUGCCACUGCCACUGCCGUUUCCCUUUCGAAUUAUUCCCUCCCUCCGACUUAUAUUUAUUCCGAGCAUCCACCGCUCGGCUCGUUACUACUUUUUCCACGUUUGCCGACCUAACGAGGAUCUUUGCAUUUUCGAGAGGGGGAUAUCGUUUCUCCUCGAGAAAGAAGGAGGAGGAAGGAAGAAGAAACGAAGGAGAGAAAGGACGAGGUUGGAGAACGAUGUGGAAUGACGCAACGAGACAAGUUGUCGAUAGAAAGGUUGUGUUGUCCCCUAACACAAGUAGAGAAUAUUCACGGAUGAAGGUCACGCGUCUGGAACGGAAGACGGAGGUGGAAAAGAGAUCGAAAAGGAAGUGAACGCUCGACCAAGUGAAUUUAUAUAGACGGAAAGGAAAUCUCUCGAUGUUUCGACCACGUGUAUUCGGUCUUACUCUGUCCGCGUGGUAUGCAGGAUAGUAGGUCGACAUUCUCGUUUCCCCUUCUUCCUUAUUUCCUUCUCUCUCUCUCUCUCUCUCUCUCGCCCCUCCAGUUUCAUUUUUCCGUUUGACUUUUUUCUCUUCCCCCUCUUUCAACGGCAAUGUAAUAUUUUAACGACGCAUUCGACCGUACGAAAAUGAUUAUUAGAGACGGUCAAGGAUGCUUUAAUCCAUGGAUUCUCAACUUGGUGGAACGGUGGUCAAGGUGGAUCGAAGUGAUUUUGGAAAGGACAGGUUAUUGUGAUUUAUUAUUUUAUUAUUUUUUUUAUACUUUACGAGGAUAAUAUUACUUUAUAAGGAUUAAGUUUUAAAUGCGAUUUUUAGGCAUUUUUUUGCAAGAAGGAGGGGGAAAGGAUUGCGAAUAAUCGCAAAAAAAAAAACGAAAAAAAAAGAAAAGAUUGGGAAACACUGGUUUAAUCGAACAGAUACCGUAAAUAUAUCGAAUACUCGAUCCCCUCGUAUAAUUCCAGUACCGUUUCACGAGUCUGUUAUGUGUAUGCCCUCCUUGCAUAUUAACGCGCAAUUAAUGGAAUGCAAAAGACACAUACGAUACGAGUAUAUUUUGCCAGAAAUUUCGCUUUAAUUAUCCUAUGCAUAAUUUUACAACAUUAUGACGUUGCUCCAUACCUUUUGAUCGCUCUUUUCACCAAUUCGCUCCGCGUCACAUCGUCGGUUCUUUUCGUGCCGUCUCUCUGCUAUCCAUAAUACGUACUUAGUUAUUUAAGUAGUAACUGUACAGCUCGACUGCUCGUUUUGCUUUACAGAGAAACCUUAUUUUCUAAUUAUAUUCCUCGAAGACUCUUCCUUCCUUUUUGCUGCAUUUCUCCUCUCUUUUCCUCCCUCCGUUUCUUUUCCCCGUUCUUUGUUAUCUUAAUAUCAUCUUCCUAAGCAUCCAUUAUUUUUAUUUCCCAAGCUAGUUCAUUUAUCCGCGUGAUAUCCUUUAUUAUUUUUCUAUCCUUCUUUUCCCUUUUCUUCAUUUUUCUAUUAAAUAUAUUCGAGAACAAAACUCAAUUAUAUAUUUUUUUAGACAUUAAGAGAAGUUUUAAACAAAUUUCAAAAGCAACUCUCGAAAUUUUUAUUCUCAAACGUAUUCGAAUCUUUAAGUAUCUCCACUCGACAAAACUUAAUCGUCCAAAGAGUACAAUACAGCUUUCAAUUACAUCCACGCGAGAAAGAUAUAUCGUUUCACCAAUAAAACGAAGCGAAUAAGCGAAUCAUUGCGAAUCGAAACAUUCAGAUUACCAGCGAAACGAUGCAAUACUAUAUAUAUAUAUAGUCAUAAAAUGAACUUCUUCUACAAAUAUAUAGUUCAUACCAACCGAUCAACGAACCGAGACACGAAAUGUUUCCAGAAUUUUCAAAGGAGCUCGAAUUUCUUCUUUUUUCUUUUUUUUUCCAUUCCUACAUAGUUAGAAAUAUAUGUAUCUCGAUGGAGUUAGCAGCAGGAACGAGGCGACGAAACGACAACGUGCUUGGGGCACUUCUCGCGGAAGAAAGUGGAGGAGGGGGAGAGAAGGAGAUAGAGUGUUACAGCCGUCGGGUGUACAGGUUGCCGAUCUCUCUCGUGAGAGCCAUCCACGCGAUUCCCUCCGUUUCUCCCUCCCUGAAGCGAGGCACGGAGGGGCCGUGCGCGUGAUCCUCCGAGAGACGAAAGCAAGGAUUUCGUUGUUCGCGCUUCUUGAAGACAUGUCGAAUAAGCCGUCGAGUUUCACGGCUGUCGAAUUCGUUCGUUCGUUGGUGCGAUAAUUGGUGUUUCGAUCAAUUAAUUAAGAGCUUUUUCGAGGUUUUCCACAAAUUUUUAUAACUCUUAACUCUUGCAUCCGACGCUAUCAAGAAUUUUUCUGGAAAUUGCAUCGUACUUUAUCUCGAUUCGACUAUCGGGGAAUUUUCGCAAGUUUUUCAAAAUUAUAUAUUUUUAGCGCAUAUUUCGAGCUCGAUCGUCCAACUGAUUGAUUAAUCUUCGAAUUUUUAUAAAUUUUUCUGAAAACUCUAUAUUUCAUCUCGAUCAUGUGCUCGUCCAGCCGAUUAAUUAACCCGCGAAUUUUCAUAAAUUUUUCUGAAAAUUUUGUGCACUUCAGUAUCGAUAAUUAUCGCAAAUUCCAUUGUACAGUUUUUACUUUCCUUUUGGAUCGGAAGAACUGUGAUAACCGCGUUUGUGCAUAACGCGGGUUAAAAAAGAAGGAUACGUCCGAUUUUAAACGCGCGAGUGUUUCGAUCGUUCCGAAAAGUUGAUCGAUUGCAGAAGAUAGGAUUUUUGUUGCAGGAAUACGAGAUCCUGCGAUAAUUAAUCGUAUUUGUCGAUAAAUCCUGAUAAAUUGAAAUUUAACGCCACACUACGGCCAGCCAUCGAAAGCUUUUCACGCGUCUCUUUCGCGACUAACGAGCACCGAUUUAUAUCGAUCCGCUUUUAACAAUUUCGAGAAUAGAUUCUAAUUUAGAUUGUUGUUCACGACCCUUUUCGUCCUACGUGCCUCUGUUCCCUCGUAAAUCGAUUCGAAACGAUCCUCCUUCGAAAAAUAAAAAUUAUUCCAGAGUGAAUCCUUUGAUUCGAAUUCUUAUUAAUGGCUAUAUUUAAUGGAGACGAAAUUUGAGAGAAGCAAUAUUGUGAUUCGAGAUUUCUCGAAAGAAGAAAGAACAUUUUCCAACCUAAUCCUCGGAUCGAGUAAUAUUAAUCUCAUAAUAAUAUAGAAGACUGUCGAGUGGAGGAAGCUCGUCAAAGAAACUCUGAACUCUGAAAUUGUAAAAGAUAGGACGUGUCUGUCUUUGAAAACCGUCGAAAAGGGAUCGGAGAAAGAGAGAGAGAGAGAGAGAGGGAAAAGGCUGAAUCGAAAUUGUUCGAUUGCUGGGAUCCGGCGAGGGGAGAAGUGGGUCGGUCAACCCCGAGGCUAUAGGCCAGCUCGAGUUUCGAUGAUCGUACGAUCGGCCGUUAGAGAAAACCGUGUUGUAGCGCGAGGAAGCAAGUUGGUGAUCCAAGGGUCAGCGCUCAAAAUGACUCGUCCUUCUUUCGUCCCUCGAUGAGGCUCUCGAACGAGAAAUCUACCAAGAGGCGGAGUGAGUGAAGAACGCUUUUUCCAUAAAAGUUGAAGAUUUAAAAGGGGGAAAUCGAAAAUUCCCUCGAAUCGAGGAUUGAGAUACGUUGAAGUAUGUGAGACGCGGAGCGAGAAGGGGGAUUGGAAACAAAAGAGGAGGAGACGAGGAUUGGAAAAGAUUGGAUUGUUUCUACUUGCUUGGGGGAUAAGUGAGAGUAAGGGAGUGGAGAGUGAAGUCGAAGAUAAAGGAAGAGGCAGGGAAUCAUGAGCAGGCGAACCAUGCCACCGAAUGGAUUGAAUUCCUGCGAGAGAAUAAGGCCGGAACGUCCGAGGAACCCCAUCCAGAGACUCGUGUGGGGUCCAGGCUCUCAAUUUCAAGUCGGCCAAAUCGGCUUGCCCGAGGACGAUGGUUCUAAUCCCCGAAUGGCUUUAAGAAGGUUCUUGAGAUUGUACGAGGGAAGGCAGUACCGAGAGGCGGCGGGCUUUCUCGCCAAGCUGCCGCACUACACCCUGAAGGCUACCCUGCCGGACAUUCCGGUCGACCUGUUGAUCGAAACGCUUCCCCACAGCUUGUCCCUGCUGGAAGCCCUCUACUCGAGGCUGCUCGAGCUGAACGUGAACGACGCGAAGAUGUUGCGGGUCGAGCAGGUCCUUUGGAGGAUCGUUCAUCUGAUCUCGUCGAGCCAAGAUCACUUCCGGUUGAGGAUAUGGUGCAAGCUGUUGGUCUCGUUGAACGGCUUGGCGCCGAACGCGGGGGGGAUGCUGGUCGCGAGGAAAAGGGCUUUGGAAAGGGCGGUGGAGGGUCUGGGCAAACACGGAUUGGUCGCGUCCUGUUUGGAAGAUGGCCGGGCCUCGAACCUCGUGCCCUUGCCCUUCGCCCUCAAGGAACAGCUCGAGAACAGAAUCGAGGCGUACAAGCUGGCCGUGCACAAGAUCGAGAGCUUUGGAAAGCACCCGAGAACUCACAGAGCGGAUCAAGGCGUACAAGCGGCAUCUCACCAGCGGCAACUUUCGCUCAAGUACAGCGAGAUCCAGCAGAGGUUGAUCGAUAAUCAGAGUUUGUUGAACACGCUGGAGAAAGCCGGGGACCCGACAAGUCUUGAAAGUCUGUUAUCCGAGUUGAAACGGAGGGUCGAGCAGGACAAGGAAGCUCUCAGACAAUGGACAGCUUUGAGGAGAUCCACUCAAAGUGGUGGGAACGCGAAGAAUCCACCGCUGGCCGCCACGCUGUUGCAGUUCUCCAGGGGCUGCGAACUCGCCCUCGAAUUGAUGACUGAGAACAGCCCACAGGGAUUCGAGGGGGGCGAGGAUUACGAGGAGGAAUCGAGCAGCAGCGCCGGUUAUCACACGGACGAGAGUUGCAGCCUUACGCCGGAACCGGCGCUCAUUCCAGGCGGCAAUUUUUCGGCCGCGGAACGGCUGGCCAAGAUGUACUCGGCCCUCUACGACCACGCGCAUCUGCACACGUUGGACGCACUGGACGCCCUCCAACCCCUCCACGACGCCCCCGAUUUGAAAGCAAAGAUACUGUAUUCGGUGGUGGUGCUCUCGUGGCGGUUGGCGGGCAUGAUUCAGACGUCGAGGUAUCUGGAAGCGGUGAAAAUUCUGAACGGCACCUCGACCACGGCGCAGACGACACCGGAGCUCGAAGAAUGCGUGAAGCGGCAAUUGGCGACUUCCGGCGCGCGAACCGGUUCCCGAGAGGUCGCGGAACAGGUGGUCACUCAGCUGGAGAGAACGCUCUACGACUUUCCUUGUCUACGAGGUUGCGCCGAGGUGAAGAAUUACGCGUGCGCCUGUUCCAGUUUGGCCUGGGCCUGUUUGGCGCGUGUCACGCCUCUGGUACUCGACGUGGCGCAAGCGCUCGAGUUCAGACGAGACGUCCAUCUCAGGCAUCACGCGUCCCCAAACCCGAACGGAACCAGAAUCAAGACGGUUCUGUGGCCCGGUUUGAGGGAAGGCUGUCAAGGGCCCUGCCUUCGCAAGGCGGUUGUCCUUACGUCGUAAAUCCGUCUCCCUUUCCCUCUUGUAUCGUGCGCGGCGAACAGAGAUGGAAGAGGAAGUGCACAAGCGCGACGCGACUACGCCAUUGGCUGCUCCAAUUUCCACGCGUGCCUCGUCGCAGUCUUGAAUUUCCCAAGGGGAACUGGAAUUACAUUUGUACUCCGUCUUAUGUAACAGAAACGCGUCGCACUCUUUAUCCACAAAAUAGGGUUUUAGCGUAGGACGAUGUGAUGAGAUUCUUUGAUGCGGAACAACCUCGAACAAUAUUUUUCCAAACAACGGUUUCAAUUCCACGUAUACACGUAUGGAAAAUAUCUUAAAUUUUUGAAAACGCGUCGACCGAGUUGUAAAUUUUAGGAAAAAAUAUUUAUAUUGAAAUCUAGCGGGGAAAAAGUUAAUAAUUACGUAUCCAGAAAGACCACGCGAAAAAAGAACUGGCGAGUAAAGUUUGAGAAUCGGAACUUUAUAUCGCGUAGCCGAACGAAUCAUUUCGCGAAUUAAAAAGUUUUCACGAAAAAGUUUUCUCGCGGCAGAUGCUUUCCGCUUGAAAGAAAUCAUGAUUGCCUCUCCGAGUCGAGAGAUAGUUUAUGUUAGACGAGUAGUAGCUACGGAUGCUUCAGAAAUAUCGAUGCGUCGAGAUGGUUGCGGAGAGACGGCGAAACUCUUCGACGCGAUUCGCCCUCUACAAUUUACAAUUCUACACGCGAACCGCACACGACGUUUCCGUUGAUCCAAUUAUUGUCGUUGAUCCAAUACUGGGAAAAACCGAAGAAAAAUUGUCUCUCUUUCGAUCGCAUGAAACUGUUUUCAAGUUCAACCUCCUUUGAAUUCGACGAUAAAUCACUCUCAAUACCUUAUAGACCUUAGAUUUAACCUUACGGUACGAUAAUCUAAGAUUUACUUAAAUGUACACUUAGGCGAGGCUUGUACGUGUAUAACGUCUCCUUUCCUCGAUAAAGUAGUUAAUGGUUUGCUUUCUUAAUUACCAUAUUAUCUUUGUUUGAACUUAAUCCGAGUUAAUCGCUUCUCCAAUUAUAAUAUAAUUUACAUUACCGAAAAUGUAUUUACUCUCAUAAUAUUUAUUCUCAAAAGUUCGUUUUCACGUUAAAUAGUCGAUGAUUAAUAUUAUAAUAUCGAGACGCGAUAAUUAUUCGAAAUUAUUCCGAGCAAAUAUUCACGAAGGAUAUAAACUAAACUGAAUUAAUUCGCUUAAAGCAGCGUAUGUGCUUAUCUUUUAACCACUUAUUGUAUGGAUGUUUUAUAUCAAUUUAUAUAUUGUUCAUUCAGAGGUAUAGCGUGGUCGUAAAUUAUUGUACGAGUCGGUGAUAAGAUUAAUGUUACGAUGAAUUUUUUUUUCUUUUUAUGUCGUUGGGACAUUUUUAGUUUUUUCGCUAGAAUAAUUUUACGACCUCGCCAUUCUGGGUGUACUAUUAACUGUCCCGAUUGCAGUUGUGUAAAGGUGAUACACAGAGAGGAAGUUAAAGCACCGUAACGACUAGUCUCUCGGAUUUCCAAGGUUUAUUAUAAAUCUCAUUUUCUAUAUACAUUAUUCAUACAUUUCAAUUUUUUUUUUUUUUCGCUUAAUGUAACAUAAUGUAGAAAAGUGCAUAGACCUACUACGUGUUUGGCCCUGAUUUAAUUUGAACAGAUGCGCUUGGAAUACGAGUAAUCUCUACGUGGAAGAUGAUUGUUAUUCGAAAAUAUCGUGGAGAAUAUUAUAUAAUUUAAAAAUACGGAUGUGGUGCACGUAUGUAAUGUAUGCCUGUAACGUGUGUAAUGAUAAAAAGUGAAUUCUAACUUAAAUGAUUUUUGUAUUGUGUCAUGAAAGAACGCCUUUGGUCGAAGCACUCGACAGAAAUUCGUACUCUUAUAAUUGCAACAUUGUCGAUUAUUUACAAUCUAAUUUAAUCGAUAAACUUUGAUUUCAAACGUGUCCCGCAUUGUUUCAUCUAUGUAACAAUUGGCAAUCAAUUGUUCAAGUAUCGAGCAGUUUUGCGACGAGCAACGAGUUUUAGAAUCAUGCGCCAUUUCCUUCGAAAUCGAUUCAAUUCCUAAUUCCCAAUUUCAAGAUAUUUCAAUUUAUUACAAGAUUUUAUAAAAAUUUAUAAUCAUCUUUUCAAGAUAAUUUUAAUUUUUUUGUCGCUGAACAUCGCAAAUGUUAUAAAAUACCAGCCUACUUUGUAACAACAAUUUAUCUUACAAUUUAUCUUAUCUAGGUAUGGAAAAAAAAAAAAUUGGUGAAUCUUUCAUUAAUUGCUUGAAAAUCUCGUGAUAAAAAAUUAAGAUAAAAAGAUAAGCUCUAAAAUCGCUUCGACAAACGUGUAUGAUAAAUCAGAUUCUUUACAAUAUCCUCGAAUUUCCGGGGUUUUCUCUCAGUCGUCUCGCUUGUCGAAACGUAAUUAUUUUCCAUAUAGAAAGAUAAUCUAAGAUAUUAAUUGAUUUACUAAACUGUCUAAACUGUCAGAAAAUAUACUUUUUAUAAUGUCAAAAAAUAAAAUGAAUCGUCGCAAAAUA